CACCCAACGAGGUUCGGCCGCGGCGUGGUGGGAAGGGGCGGAUAAGAGGCACAGCGGCGUUUUGACAGCUGCGCUCUGACAGCGCUAUUGUGUCCCGCGUCUCGACCAGAGUGUCUUCUGCUGUAGGGUAAGCCUGUGUCCGUGAUGGAUGGCAGCGUAGGACCUGCUGUGGUGACUGCGCCACCAGCCGUUGCCCCCCACAAGGAGCGCUACUUUGACCGUGUGGACAGCAGCCCGGAACGGAGUUUGCUCUCUGGCCUGCGGCAGGAUUUCAACCUCAUGGAGCAGAGGAAGAGGGUGUCGAUGAUUCUGCAGAGCCCAGCCUUCUGUGAAGAGCUGGAGACACUGAUCCAGGAGCAGCUGAAGAAGGGGAAGGAUGCCACCAACCUGCUGGCCUUGCAACAGAUGGCAGACUUCAUGACUACCAGCGUGCCCACAGCGUGUCCCAUGGUUCCACAAGGGGGCAUGGCCGCCCUCAACAUGAGCUUGGGUAUAGUUAUCCCCGUCAACGACCUCCGUGGGUCAGUGUCUGUGGCAUACGAGAAGAGCGAGAAGCUUCUGCGCUGCAAGCUGGCUGCUCUCUACCGACUGGCUGACCUUUUCGGCUGGUCCCAGCUCAUCUACAACCACCUAACAGUGCGGCUCAGUUCGGAUCAGGAGCGCUUCCUGAUCGUCCCCUUCGGUCUUCUGUACAGUGAGGUCACCGCUUCCAGCCUGGUUAAAGUUGACAUGCAAGGAGAAAUUGUAGACCGAGGGAGCACUAAUCUUGGGGUGAACCAGGCUGGUUUCACCCUCCACUCGGCCAUCUAUGCAACGCGCCCCGAUGUCAGAUGCAUUAUCCACAUCCACACGCCUGCCGGAGCGGCGGUGUCAGCCAUGAAGUGUGGACUACUGCCCAUCUCUCCAGAGGCCCUGUCCUUGGGGGAGGUGGCUUACCAUGAUUAUCAUGGUAUCCUGGUCGACCAGGAGGAAACUCUAGCCAUACAGAAGAGUUUGGGUCCAAAGGGCAAGGUCCUUAUUCUGAGGAAUCACGGUCUAGUGUCGGUGGGUGAGACUGUGGAAGAGGCCUUCUACCACAUUCAUAAUCUGGUGACGGCGUGUGAAAUCCAGGUUCGCACUCUGGCUGGCAUGGGAGGCCCAGACAAUCUGGUCACGCUGGACCCAGGGAAGUACAAAGCCCGGCGCCAGUGUUCCGAGUUGGGGGACGGUGGUGACGACGAGGACCUUGACACCCAUCUAAAGUGGCAGGUUGGAGAGCAGGAGUUUGAAGCUCUCAUGAGGAUGCUGGACAAUCUGGGCUACCGAACAGGAUACCCGUACCGCUACCCGGCCCUGUGCUCUAAGAGCAAAAAGUUGAGUCACGCUGACAUCGCUCUGCCCAGCAUGAGUCACUCCUACAUGACGGAAAAAAGCCCCAGCACGCGCUCUCUGCCCACAGUCGGUGGAGGGGGGACGCGACGACUGAGCGCGGGGGCCUCAGAUAGCAGCAGCAGCAGCAGCCCCGGGGCCAAGGUGUGGAACAGCGUCACCCGGGGUCACGUGAAGCCCCUGCUGCGGUCUCUGUCGUCCGGCGUCUGCGUGCCCAGCUGUAUGAGCACCUGCUUGUGGACUAAGGAGGAGGGACUUCGGCAGCCUGCUGUUCCCAAUCAGUUUGUCCCCCUGAAUACAAAUCCGAUGGAGGUCCUCGAGAUGAGGAACAAGAUUCGCAAGCAAAACCUGCAGGACAUCAAAACUGCUGGACCCCAGUCCCAGGUUCUCUGUGGACCCAUGAUGGACCAUGGCUUUGCACAGAGAGGUACAAUCUGGCAGGACGCACCCCUGUCUGACUGUACGGACACAAUUGAUGGGCUCGAUCUCUCAGAGCAUCUCCGUAGGCCUGGUAGGGCUGAUAGAAAGGGGGAGCUAGUGACCGCCUCCAAAGCCAUCAUUGAAAAGGAGUACCAGCCUCGAGUCGUCAUCGGCAAGGCCGGACCUAAUCCGUUCAACGAACUGACGGCCCAGGAGCUCGAGGAAUACUGCAGGGAGGUGGAGCGUAAGCAGAAAUGUUCUGAAGAUCAGUGUCAGAAAGAGGAGUCGAAAGACAGGAGUGAGACGGGCUCUCCAGUCACAGCGCUGGAAGUGGAGAGAAAUACAAAAGAACACCUGCUGCCAUAGAUUCCAGGAGAAAAAUGUCAUCCUGGUUACAGCCCCUUCUUGCAACAGACCCCCAUCCCCUACUCCAGAAGAUACAGCUUUGCCUGAGCAGUCGAGCCAGAGGGGCCCACAGUGGCCCUGAGGAACCUGUUGAUGCAGCAAAUAGGGACAGAAUGAAGUCUCCUGGCAAGUCCCCUUGAAGAAGAAGAGAGACAAAAAGAAACCAGAGGGCUAAGAAUCCUUGCACCCUCUCAUUGGACAAUUGCCUUGCAUUUGGUUUCAUGUACUUGUCCCCAUUUCCAGUUUACUAUAGAAUCAUUGUUCAUGACUUUGUGCAUUUUGCCUGGUUAGCUAGAGUUUACUGUUAAAACCCCUGUAGUUCUUCACUGAGUAACAGCAUCAGCAUUACUGCAUGACUCCCAGGACAUUAAGUGAAGGCUGUCAGACUUAGGAUGCAUCAGUGGUUAUUAAUGGUCUUACAAUGAAUAUAAUGGCCUGGCUAUGCUCUUUUAAUGGAGAUCAAUGAUUCUGGAGUGCAUAAAGCCAUUUUAUCCCUUUUGAUAA